CUUGUGUUGUUAUGGCUACGCGGUCGUAAAUCCGCCAUGUUUUUGCUCCUUUAUAGCUGCGUUGCGACAGAGACGGAGACAUGAAUGUAGAAAAUAAUCAUACGGCAGAAACAGAGAGGGAGCAAACGACGGACGGCAACGAGACGAUCACCAUCCAGACAACACUGGGAGAUGAAGAUGAAGAUGUGCACAAAUGUGGACGCUGUCAGACCGAGUUCUCCACGCUGGAGGCUUUCAUCCAGCACAAACUGCAACAAAACUGCAAACGUGUGGAGACCAACCAAGAGGUUACUGCAGCCAAUGGAAGUUCUUGUUCAGAGGUGAAAACAGCUAAAGGUGCAUCCUCAGAUGAGCGAGUGAAGAUCACUAACGAUGAAAGCAGUGGUACUUUUGGCCGAGGUCGAAGGAAGAAAACCGUUUCACUCAAAGUCAAUGACCAAUCCGAUGGGACGGAAGGAUCGUUAUCUGACAAUGCUGAGAGUGACAAGUCUGUUGUUUACAAAGUCAACCAGGAGGGACGCUACAUUUGCCAACUUUGUGACAAGACAUUUAAAACUACAAACAUCUUGAGAACUCACAUGAAAACGCACAGUGACCAGAAGAACUUCUCAUGUGACCUAUGUGGAACUUCCUUUCGCACAAAAGGCUCCCUGAUUCGUCACAAUCGUCGUCACACUGAUGAGCGGCCGUAUCGCUGUAACCUAUGUGGCCAGUCCUUCAGAGAGUCAGGCGCCCUCACCAGACACCUUAAGGCCCUCACACCCUGCACAGAAAAGAUCCGCUUUGUUCAGUACAAGGAGAUCUUGGUCGGCAAAGAUGGCAUGCAAAAAGGAGUCGAUGAUGCAGUGGCAGGCCAGCAGCAGCAGGAGGUGGUGGUUCUGGAGCACCAACCAGAAGAGGAGGAGGAGGAGAUGGUAGAGGCUCAGACUGCUGUGGUCAGUGUGGUAGAGGCUGGUUCCCAAGAGGUCCUCCAUCAGGUCCACUUCACAAUGGAGGUGAAUGGAACAACGCAGGAACAACAGGUUGUAGUAGAGCAGUCUCAGGCUGAAGCCCUGGCCGCGGCUGCAGCAGCUGGAGACAACCUCAUCUGCCAGGCCAUCAUCAACUCUGGCAUUGCCCUGGAGACAGAGGAAGCCGUGGUUGAGGAGACAGAGGAGGCAACUGAGGAGAUGGAUAAAGACCUUUCUGACUGCCCUGAUGCUGAUGAGAAUUUCACUGAGAUCCAUAUUAAAGAAGAGUUUGAGAUGGAAACUGAGGAGGCAGGUGAUGGUCAAACAUCUCCCAGAACACACAAGUGUCCACACUGUAGUCGCUCUUUCAAGGGGCUGAAUUAUUUCCGCUUUCAUGUCAAGGGCCAUCUGGGUUACAAGCCUUUUAAGUGCACGCUUUGCCACAAAGAGUUUCUGACUGGUUACCUGCUAAAGAAACACAUGGAAGUCCAUGUCAGUGAGAGGAGGUACAAGUGUGGGGAAUGUGGCAAGCUGUACAAAACCAUUGGACAUGUACGUGAGCACAUGAGGGCCCACUCUGAUGAAAGACCCUACCGCUGUGCAAGAUGCAACAAGGGGUACAAAACCAAGAACGCCUUGCAGGUGCAUCAACGGACCCACGGUGAUGAGAAGCCUUAUGUCUGUCAGUUCUGCCUGAGAGGCUUCAGGGAGAAGGGUUCGUUAGUGCGACAUAUCCGCCAUCACACCGGAGAGAAGCCUUUCAAGUGCUCAAAGUGCGGGCGGGGCUUUGCUGAGCAUGGGACUCUGAAUCGGCAUAUGCGUGCGAAAGGAGGCUGCCAGAAGGACGACUCCAGUGAGCAGCAGGAUGUGGAAACAGAGGAGCAGGCGUCAGUAAAUGGCCUCGCUACGGCAGCCAUCAUCUCAGAGGAUCCUCAUGCUGUCCUGGUGGAGUUCUCCUCAAUGGUGGCCAACACACAGGAGUACAUCAUCAAGACUCAAACCGAUGAGGAUGUGCAGGAAGAAGAGGUUACACUCAUUCAAGACAGCCAAAAUGAGAUGGGAAACACCAUCAUGAAAGUGGUGCAGCAAAUCGUCAGCCAGUCGCAGGCCGCCGGCAACACGGGCAGCCACCAGAUCAUCGUGCGCAAUGUGGCGAUGAACGAGGAGGGCGCCUCCAUCUCCGACUGUGGUGACACCAUCACCAUCGCUACACCCGAGAGCCUGACGGAGCAGGUGGCCAUGACUCUGGCCUCUGCCAUCAAUGACGGAACGCUACUGGCCAGGGCGAGUACCGUGGAGACUGCAGACGGGACAGUUACUAUGGUUACAACAGAGGAGACAGUGGAGGAGGGAAUACACAUGGUGCAGCAGCAAGAGGAAUACGUCAUCACCUCCCCAGAGGAGGUGGAGAUACAGACUGUCAUUGUAUGAUCAACGGGGUUACUAACUAUGGACUGACACAUUUGGCUGGACUUCCCCUGUAGCCGUUAACUGUAGAGUUUGUGUGAGGUUUGAUAACAAAACAAAGGCCAAAGUGUUUCUAAAGUUUAUGGCUCCAGAAAUAGAAGAAAGGAUUAUCUGUGUGGAACCUGAAGAAUGAGUGUGCAUGAGGACUAUCAUGUUUUGAGUUUUUGUUCAUUGGUUUACUUAAAUGAAGCACUGCAUUCAGUAUGCCUGCUAUUUUAUGAUCUUUUAGGGGCAUACGUCUUAAAAUGAGUCCGUUUUCUAUUUCGAAGGCCUGAGGUGAUACAAACUGAACAUUCUUUGCCUUUGUUGUUGUAGCCUGGUGUCCUUUAUUUGCUGCAGUCAAAAACUGAAAUUUCUUUGUGUUAUACUACCUAAAUCGGCAUCAUUCCGCAUUGUUGCUGCUCUCAGAUCUUCUUUUCACCUUCAAGUUGAAAUAUGAUGCCUUUUGAAGACGGACCGAUCAAAAACUGUGGCGUGUGCCUGCCUGUUUAAGGAGAUCACUACCCUCCCAUAUUGCGGUUUUAAAUAAUAGCGCAUCUUUAAGCAUGAUACACCAGAAACUAAAAUGUGUUCAGUUUACUCGAGCAGAGUUUGCAUUAAAUAUAUGCUAUUUUCUUA